AUGACAGAAGACGAGAUACACGUGCGUACUUUAACUACAUUCGAUACAAUAUUUCCGGCAGACACUGUUGAGUGGUGUCCUGUAGAGCCGUAUCGAAAUAUAUUAGCUUGUGGAACAUAUAAAUUAAAUAAAAAUGAACCUAACACGGCAUCUACAUAUAGACAGGGGCAAAUCUUAUUACUCCGUAUAGUGAAUGGCGGAGAGCUCGAACUGUUGCAACAAGUAUGCACUUCAGCUAUGUUGGAUAUGAAAUGGUUGCAUGUCCUAGAUGUAGAAACUCGAAUAUUACUUGCCGUUGUCGAUGCCAUGGGACACUUACAAAUUCAUCAGCUAAAAGGCGAGGAUAAAGGAAUAAAAUUGGAAUUUAUCACUAAAUUAAAAGUCAGCGACGACGAGAACAUCAUGGCACUAUCUCUGGAUUGGUCUAGAGAAAAAUAUACCGCCUCUGAUCCUGUUAGCAAUACAAAUAUUCUCGUGAGCGAUAGCGCAGGACGAAUCUCUCAUUUUACCUGGCGUGAAGUGGGUGAUCUAACGAAAGAUUUUACGUGGCCUGCACAUGAGUUUCAUGCAUGGAUUACUGCCUUCGAUUAUUCCAAUCCACUUAUUUUCUAUUCUGGAGGUGAUGAUAAUAGGUUUUUAUGUUUCGAUAGCAGAACAGGAUCUCAUCCUGUAUCUGUAAAUAAGGAGCACACUUCUGGCGUUACUAGCAUCCAUAGUAACGUCAGUAAAACAUUUUUAUUGGCAACCGGAAGUUACGAUCAAAAUGUAAGAUUAUGGGACAAGAGAAAUUUCUCACGAUCAAUAUCGAAGAUUUGUCUCGAUGGUGGAGUCUGGCGUUUGAAAUGGGAUCCUUUUACUCGUCAAUAUUUGCUCGCUGCGUGUAUGUACAAUGGUUUUAAGAUCAUUAAUCAUACAGACAUAUUAUCGUCUAUCGUUGUCAAUUAUAAAGAGCACAAAGGAUUAUCGUACGGGUGUGACUGGUCAUUCUUGAAGCAGUCGGAUAUAUCACGUUUAAACAUAUCUAACGGAGACACUUUGAUGAGCACUUGUUCCUACGAAGAUUGUAUCCUCAAGAUAUCUGUGAUUGAUUUUUGGCCGGACAGACAAGUUGUUGAAGAAGAUUGCUGA